AUGUACCGCGAACCCUCCAAACAGCUCAUCGACCUCUUUCGCGGAUGGCCGAACCCCGCGCUCCUCCCCGUCACUUCUCUUACCCAGGCAACCUCGACUGCUCUGUCGACCCCAUCAAUCUACCAGCCAGGACUCCAAUAUGGACCGGACGAGGGCCACCCGCCGCUCCGUCAACACAUUGCCGACUGGCUUACCUCGUUCUACCGCCCAAAAGACCCUGUUUCCACAGCCCGCAUAUGUAUUUCGGGCGGGGCGAGUCAAAACCUCGCGUGCGUGCUGCAGGUCUUUACCGAUGCUGCAUAUACCCGGAAUGUGUGGAUGGUUGCCCCGACGUAUUACCUCGCAUGCGGCAUAUUUCAUGAUGCAGGCUUCAUGAAUCGCCUGCGGGGUGUCCCCGAAGACGCCGAAGGGAUAGACAUUGGCUUUUUAGAGAAGGCGUUACAGGAGGCAGAAGCAAAGGCCACCGCGGAAGGAAACCACAAGCCGCUUUAUACCUUAGCACGCCCGUGGAGCAAGAUUUACAAGCAUAUCAUCUACCUGACGUCGACCUUCGCGAACCCAUCGAUGAAAGUGGUAUCUACCCACCGCCGCGAACAACUUAUUAGAUUAGCCCGCCAGUACGACGCUCUCAUAAUAUCAGAUGAUGUAUAUGAUUUCCUCCAGUGGCCGUCAGACCCCAACGCAGAUCUAUCCACAGUCGAGCUUGCCUCGGUUCCUCGCUUAGUUGACAUUGAUCGAUAUCUCGACGGUGGUCCCAUCGAUGUCUUCGGGAACGCGAUGAGCAAUGGUAGUUUUAGCAAGUUGGUUGGUCCUGGAGUGCGUACUGGGUGGGUGGAAGGCACGGAGAAAUUUGCCUAUGGGGUGUCGCAGACCGGAUCGUCGGUUUCUGGAGGUGCUCCCUCCCAAUUGACGGCAACCUUUGUCGACCAUCUAGUUUCUACGGGAGCUUUGCAACGGCAUAUCAAAUCUAAACUAAUUCCGUCAUACCGUGCCCGCUAUCAGCAAGUCCUAAGCGCAAUCGAUGACAAUCUUGUGCCGCUUGGAUUUCAGGUGGCGGCGAGAACCCAGUUAGUCGUUGGUGGCUACUUCAUCUGGCUUGACCUACCCCCGAGUAUCAAGGCAAGUGUUUUGACCGAGAGAGCAUUGGCGGAAGAGAAUGUCCGCAUUGGCAGCGGGGCACUCUUCAAGGUCCAGGGCGACGCCAGUGAUCAUCAUCAGGAUUUUGAAGGAAGCGUCCGACUUUGCUUUGCAUGGGAGGAAUUCGAUCAACUGUAUGAGGGAGUGCGGCGGCUCGGCAAUACAGCCCGCAGUAUAUUAAACAAAAGGUAA